AUGGGGCCGCGGCACCUGCUGCUGCCGCUGAUCUUGCUCUCCCUGCAGCUCCUGGCCCUGCUGCUGGCCGCGCAGGCGGCCGGGCCCCCCCGCGCCAAGGGCAACCGCACCCAGGGGGCGGCGGCGGCGCGGCGGACCCCCAAACCGGGCAAGGAGCUGCUGAACCAGACGCUGCCGGGCGCGGGGGCCGCGGCGCCCACGGCGCUGCCCGGGCGCGGCAAGGGCGCGGGCGGCGGCAGGACGCCCCCCGGCGGCGGGGGCGGCGGCUCGGCCCCGGCCCACGAGACGUGCUGGGGGUACUACGACGUGAGCGGGCAGUGGGACAAGGAGUUCGAGUGCAACAACAGCCUCACGGGCUUCCGCUACUGCUGCGGCACCUGCUUCUACCGCUUCUGCUGCAACAAGCGCGCCGAGAAGCUCAACCAGAGCCUGUGCCGCAACUACAAGAGCCCCGAAUGGGCCCAUCCCACCACCGCCAGCGGCGCGCUGCCCGCCGACGGCAGCAACGGCGCCGACGGGGACGCCAACAAGUAUGACCCGGACAAGGACAGCACCAACGCCACCGUCUACAUCUCGUGCGGGGCCAUCGCCUUCGUGCUCAUCGCCGGUGUCUUCGCCAAGGUGGCCUACGACAAGGCGCGGCGCCCGCCCCGGGAGAUGAACAUACACAGGGCUCUGGCUGACAUCUUAAGGCAGCAGGGACCAAUCCCAAUAGCACACUGUGAAAGAGAGACUAUCUCCGCCAUAGAUACCUCCCCCAAAGAAAACACCCCAGUCAGGACAUCCUCCAAAAACCAUUACACCCCCGUGCGCACCUCCAAAAGUAACCCAGGUCACUAUGGAAAGGAUAUUUAUCGAAGUGGAGGGCCAGAUCUCCAUAAUUUCAUCUCCUCCGGGUUUGUCACAUUAGGAAGAGGACACACGAAGGAUGACCAAGAACAAAAUUAUAAUCACCUGAUACUAAACAGUGCCACCCAGACACCUACACAUGACAAGCCACGAAUGAACAACAUCCUUACUUCUGCCACCGAGCCCUACGAUCUGUCCUUCUCCCGCUCCUUCCAGAACCUCUCUCACCUCCCACCAUCCUACGAGUCUGCUGUCAAGACAAACCCAAGUAAAUAUUCUUCUCUGAAGAGACUAACUGACAAAGAGGCUGAUGAGUACUACAUGAGGAGGAGACACCUGCCCGACCUGGCAGCCCGGGGCACGCUCCCUAUCAACGUCAUCAAAAUGUCUCAGCAGGGCAACCAGAGGGACAGGCCCCGCCGUCCCAUCAGGGCCAUGUCCCAGGACAGAGUGCUGUCUCCCGAGAGGAUCAUGCCUGAGGAGUUUAGCAUGUCCUAUGAACGGAUCCUCUCAGACGAGCAGCUCCUGUCUGCAGAACGCCUCCACUCCCAAGACCCGCUGCUGUCCCCGGAGCGGUCGGGGUACCCCGAGCAGUCAAUGUCACGGGCAUUGUCACACACAGAUGUCUUUGUAUCGACACCCGUCUUGGAUCGCUACAGGAUGACAAAAAUGCACUCCCAUCCUAGUGCCUCAAAUAACUUGUACAAUACCUUAGGGAUGAACCCAACCUCUGCCAAGCGCCAAGCAUUCGCCUCCCGACGGCACAACACGGUAGAACAACUGCAUUACAUUCCGGGACACCACCAUCACUACCGCACAGCCAGCAAAACAGAGGUGACUGUUUGA